AGCACGGGUCUAAGGCCUCUGACCCUGGGAGGGUGAUGUGGAAUUGGAGGUCAAACUCAAGGCCUUACUUAUGCCACGCUAGGCAAACCCUCUCUUCCCUUCUACAGCCUCGGUUCAGUAGCACUUCUGACCCCGGACCUCACCAGUCAGGACUGGAGCGAAACUGUCUCGGGGAGGAGCAGAGGAGAUGGAGCUCUGUUCACAGACACGUGCUUGUUGGAAAAGUACUGCAAAGAGGACUGCUGGGACUCGAGCAUGACAGUUCCCAUUCUGGCCGAACCUGUGGCCCUGACUUCAGGGCUCUUGGUCCUGCACUGAGCUGCUCAGUUUCAGGACAGCGUCCCUGUGUUCACUUCACGGCCAGGUGCUCAGAUGGACGAAGUGAGCUGUGUGCCUUAGGAGGGAGGCAAGGAGCAAAGGGGCAACCUGACUUCAGGGAACCUCCAAGAACUACUGAUUGCCAGCAGUCAAGUGUACUGGGUGCCCAGGGGACAGCUUCCCUCUAACUGGCUGGGCAGGCUGCUGAAGGAAGAGCUGGCCUCUCGCUGAGGCAGUCAUGCAGACCUGAGAUGACAAGCACAAGGCUGGCAGGCUGGUCCCUGGGUAGAUGGAUCACCUGAUAUACACACUGGAGCGCAAACCCGGGGAUUGGCUCAGAACAGGGGCUGUGUUGAUCCAGCUGCUGGGCUUUGGCACCCUGUCAAUCUGCUGUCUGCUCAGAAGCCUAGAAAUAGUGCCGGGGCAGUCAGCUGGGCUGUGAGAAAGGAGGCAGCCAUGCAAGUGCUCACUAAGCGUUACCCCAAGAACUGCCUGCUGACUGUCAUGGACCGGUACUCGGCUGUGGUGCGGAACAUGGAGCAGGUGGUGAUGAUCCCCAGCCUUCUGAGGGAUGUGCAGCUGAGCGGGCCUGGGGGCUCGGCCCAGGAGGGAGCCCCUGAUCUCUACACCUACUUCACCAUGCUCAAGGCCAUCUGCGUGGAAGUGGACCACGGGCUGCUGCCAAGGGAGGAGUGGCAGGCUAAGGUGGCCAGCAGCGAAGCCAGUGAGGGUGAGAAUGGAGCCGCUGAAACAGAAGAGGCUGAGGAAGACAGGAUCUCGGAGGAGCUGGACCUGGAAGCCCAGUUCCAUCUGCACUUCUCCAGUCUCCAUCGCAUCCUUACCCACCUUACCCGGAAAGCCCAGGAAGUGACGAGGAAAUACCAGGAAAUGACAGGACAGGUCCUGUAGGUCUCCGGCUCUAAGGAAGGUAAUGGUGGCCAUGCUAGUGGGUUAUAAUCCAUAAAGGAAUGGUGGUGUAACUUAGGAGCAGGCCAAGUGAGCUGUCAUACCAGGGUGUUGGGACUCUCACUUGGGAAGGCCCAGAACUGGGCCUGCCUCUCUAGCCUUCUCACCCAGGAUUGAUAAGCAAUGACUACGAACUCCUACAGGGAACAGAAAUGUAGCCUAGGAACACAUCCCUCCUGAGAACCUGUGUGUGUGAUGUGCAUUUGUUAGUAAACACAUAGAUGUCUGUAGAUUGACUCAAAUCAGUGUAUUCUCAAGGUCAGCUUUUUAAAAACUUUGGGAUUAUUUCUGUGUUCUAGUUUGGGGUGGGGGCACUGUGCAUACAUGGCAUACGAUUGGAGGUCAGAGGACGACAUGUAGGUCCGAGGGAUUGAACUCUGAUCACCAGACUUGGUGGAAGGCACCUUCGUCUGCUGAGCCAUCUGGCUGGCCCUUUAUGAAGUUAUUAUUCCUGGGUGUGUGAACAUGGUGUGUGCUCCGGACGAGCGUGCUUUGGUGUGUGCAGAAGUCAGAGGACAACUUGGGGGGGGGUCAGUAUCCUCCUUCCACCUUUAACUUUCAGGAACCAAACUCAGGUCACCAGGUGAACUUCACCCGCUGAACCGCCUCACCAUUCCAAAGCCCCACAGUCACUUCUCCUCCGCUUUUCUUCCCCCACCCUUUUUUAAGAUAGGGUGUCUCUAUAAAGCUCUGGCCCUGCCUCCACCUCCAGAGUGCCAGGAGUAAAGGUAUGUAUCACUAAGCUCAGCUUCCAAGUCAAGUUCUUAGCAGGGUGCGGUGGCACACGCCUGUACUCCCAGCACUUGGGAAAUUUGAGGCCAGCAGGCAGAUCUCUCUGAGUUCCAGGCAAGCCUGGUCUACGAAGUGAGUCCAGGACAGACAGGGCUACACAGAGAAACCCUGUCUCAAAACACCAAAACAACAACAACAAAACAAAAAAAACAACCACAAAAAUAAAACAAAGCUAAGUUUUUUAGAAAUCUAAUUAUAAACCAGGCGUGGUGGCACAUGCCUGUAAUCCCAGCACUCCCUGGGGAAUUUGAGGUCAGCCUGGUCUACAAAGCAUAUCCAGGACAGCCAAGGCUACACAGAGAAACUCUGUCUCAAAAAAAACAAAGACAAACAAACAAAUGAACCCAACAACAAAUCUGUCCGGGCUGUUCUCAAAUUUGCCAUCCUCCUGCAUGUCUCUCAAAUUCUGGGACUGAAGGUGGCACUAAAGAUGAGGUUUUUGUUUUCAUUUUGCAAGUGAAGAUCCUUACCAAGGAAGAUGUAUUUGUGUAAAUGUGCACUGUGAAUUCUAUGUGUGUGCGUGCGCGUGCGCUGUCUCAUAACAUGGAGAACUAUCCUUUCCUGGCACAUGGGGCCAUGUAGGGAAGACUGCUCACAGCACCCCUGAAACUAGCACAGAUGCUCCACCUAUCCGUGCAAACAGACAAAGAGCAACUACUGUGGCUUUUGAGUUAUUUCAGUCACAGGAGGGUGUGGAAGUGCCUGUUGGGAAUUCCUGAGCCCAUGCAUCGAGGCUGGGUUUGUGAAACGAGAAUAAACAGCAAACAAACAGGCCAUGAUACAGAGUAGCAUGUAGGAAAAGGGCCAGGGCCAUGGGUCUCUCAUAGCAGGGAUUGGGAGAAAUCGGAUAACAGUGUCUGCUGGUUUUGACGGUGGGCCGCUUGCCAGCCCGACUUCAUUAUAGCAGGCAUCAGUUACAAAGCCCUUUAUACAGGACUGAGAGACCAGAUCAGCACCUCCAGGGAGGCUGAGAUGGCUCGGCAGGUAAAGGCACCUGCCACCAAGUCUAACACCCUGGUAUUGAUCCCUGGAACUCACAUGGUAGAGAAUGGACUUCUGCGAGUUGUCCUCUGUCCCCGACAUAGGCACUGUGGCUUAUGCACUGCACCCUUCAGCGUAAAAGAAUUGCACCUCAUUUGCUAGGAAGGGGAUUAGAGUAGGUAAAUUGAGCGACCCGUCUGAGGUCAUGUAGUUAGUGAAGGGACAAAAGCUGGGUGAGACAUGGUGUACUCUAGCACUCAGAGGUGGAGGUAGAAUUGGUAGUUCAGGCUAGCCUCAAAUACUAAAACCUGACCAACAAGCAAAGAGCAAAACUGGCCCCGACUUUGAGCUGAACGUUCUUUCCAACAUACUCAUUCUUUGCCAUUUUAGAAAGAUGGAGAAUCAGCACGCCUCCCUCCCCCAGAGACUAGACAGAAAUUCCGUGCCAAGUACUGUCCUAGCUGUUUUCUUUUCUCCACUUCAAACCAGAACUGUCAACCUCAGCCCUAUUUCCCUCUCCCCUUGAGGCUUUCCGGGCUACCUUCCAAAGGAUCUCCUUGAAUUCAGCUAGGCUGAGUCAACAGCCAGGGGUCUCAGGGGAGCUGAGCCUCAAUCCUACACCCAUCACAAAACAACAAAGAGCUGUGAAGCUGUGGAAAAGCUGCUGUCAUUCCUUGUUUGUUUCUUCACUUCACAGUAAUAAUAGUAAUGAUAAUGACUGGCAUUUGAAUAGUGUUUAAAUUACUUGCAUAUGAAUUAUUUAAUGAAUCAUCAUUACCUUAAAAUGUUAUUGUUGAACGGGUAUGGAUUUAGCUCACUGGUAGAACACUUGCCUAGUUAGCCCAAGGCCCUGGGUUUGGUCCUCAACCCCCUCCUAGCAGAUGGGGAGAAACUUUUGUUAUUGUUGUAUGUACAGACUGUGCGCGCAAGCACACGGAGGCUCCUGUGCUGAAAAACAACUUUAAGUUGGUCUCCCCUUCUGACAAGGGUUCCAGGCAUGGCAGUACAUGCCUUCAGUUCCAGCACUUGGGAGGUAGAGGUGGGAGGAUCAGAAGUUCAAGGCCACCCUACAAUACAUAGCAUGCUUGAGGUCAGAAUGUGCUACACAAGUCCCUGUCCCAAAACCUAAACCAAGCCAAACCAGACAACAGAGAAGGAAAGAAAACAAAAACAAUCCAAAAGCCCCAGAGAACUGAGAAGAUGACCCCAGUUGCCUGCCCUGGCUUGCCUCUCAUUCUUGCCUUCCACACUGGUGGGUUUUGUGCUCCUUACAACACAGCCUGCAGCCUAGGGUGGAAAUGGCAACUGGGAACGGCAGAGGAGGUAGAAACCACACUCUCCGACUAGACAGCUUGAAAGGCUAGAGCAGCACUUCUAUACCAUAAUAGUACAACUCUGACCUGGCCUUCAUUCGUGGAGACGGCAUGGCGUGGCAGAGGUUCAAAAUCCUAGGUUCUUCUCUCGGCUUCACUGUCACUCUGCCUGCCACUCUCGCCUGAGGACAAGCAGCCCCAGCACUGGUGGCCUUUGACGCAGUGGUUCUCAACCUGGGGGUCAAAGGACCCCUAAACCCACCGCAAAACACAGAUAUUUACAGUAGCAAAAUUACAAUUAUGAAGCAGCAACAAAAAUAACUGUAUGGUUAAAAUAAUCUUGGGGGCCGCCAGCACAGGAGGAACCGUCGAAGGGUCGCAGCCUUAGGGAGGUUCGGAAGCACGCUCUUCGCCUCAGGCUUGAAGCGCUACAAGUGCUGUUUGUUGAAGCGCAAACAGCAACAUCAGCGUUUCUUACCGUUUCAGUAGGCGUGGGGCAGUGGUUGGUUGAAGUUGUAGACAUUUGGCUUUUUAAACAUUUCCACAUGCUACAGGUCACCUUACAGGAGAGAGGGAAGACGGACGAGGACUCAGCGGUGCAGCAGCCUUGAGACCAGAAAGGAAGGCCUGGGGCAGCUCAAGUGAGGGCGACUGUGUCUCCGGGCUUCCCCACCCCCCUCCGAGCGCCUCCGUGGACUCGGCUGCAGACUUACCUUUAAGAUGGUUGCUGCGACUCCCAACUUGUCUUCGUUGUCUUAGCGGUCUGAGGUUCGCAGGCAGCAAGGAUCCGUAGAAAGCAAAGGUACAAGCAAGUGGCCGACGUUAUCAGCUCACCUCUUGGAUGUCAGUUAGUGCCUGGGUCAUAAGUUAUUCUCUGGAGGCAAAAUUCUGCCACGUAUAAAACAGGGCUGCUGUGUCUACCUCACAAGGUUACUGAACGGAAACAAAGGCUCGGAAGUACCUAGCAUGCGCAGACGACUGAACGGCGGGGUCUCUCGUACUUUUCUUGGGGUACAUGCUAUGUGUAGCUCUUGGUCCUCACCCCGGGAAAACGCUGAGGUAGCUGACUGUGCAGAUGAGCUAUUCACCCUGUUGGAUCUGAUGACCACCGAUGAGGCUGAGCACAGGUGAACUGUGAACCUAAUUAUUGCAGUAGCAAUUAAAAGAAAAAAACAAA